UCAAGAGACACUGAGCACAGGGAAGGCUUUAUUCUCAGUCUAAAACAAUACAUAUCUAGAUAAUGCUUUUGGAAGGGAAUGAAGAACACUGUAAUAAUAAUGAUGACUUGUUGAUAUCUCUUUUAUAUUUCGUUUAUUAGUACAGUAGAAUUAUUUAAUAAUGACAGCCAUAUUAUUAGAAUAUUAGGAGAAAAACAUAACAGAAAAGAUUUUUUCUUUGGCUUUUACACGAGAAAAGGUAGCGUAAUGAAAAAUCCGAGGCAAAAUAGACAUGGACCAAAGCAACCAGGAAAGGAAACAGAGGGGCAGUCCCAGGCUGAGUCACGGCGUGCCCAACACAGUACACAUAAAGUUCCUUUCAAGCUCCACAAUUUCAAAGAACAUUCAAGACAGAGCGCUGUAUAGUUUGCGUCAUGAACGCCUUAAUGGACUAUAGCAGCUACUCACAACUUCAGGAGAAACAUCUGCAGGGUGACGUUUGAUGCUUUUUUGUAUUAUAUUGUUAAAAGAGUUUUGUUACAAAGGGCAAUCCUAUUUUUACCCCUGAUAUACUGACCUGUGAGAGUUUAGCAUAAUGGCAGCAGCUGCACUGGUCACAGAGAACUUUAAAUUUGUGUCUCUGUUUUUUAAAAGUAAAGAUGUAAUGAUUUUCAAUGGUCUGGUAGCUCUAGGCACUGUGGCAGGUCAGACAGCGUACACUGUGUUUGCCUUUGACUGCCCCUGCUCUUCACAGAGGAACUACUACUAUGGGCUGGCCGCCAUUGGUGUGCCUGCUCUGGUGCUGUUCUUGGUGGGCAUCAUGUUGAACAGGAACACAUGGGAUCUCUUAGCGGAGUGCCAGCUCAGACGAUGCAGGAAGCUGUCGGCAACAGCAGGAUUCACGGUGCUCGCCAGUGUGCUGGGCAGAGCUGUGGUGGCCCCACUCACCUGGGCUGUGUUGUCUCUGCUGCAGGGACAGGCCUAUACCUGUGCCCUCAGUGAGUUUGUGGACCCCAGCUUUGUGCCAGGGUUCCCAUCGGGGAAGGACCCUCAGGUGCUGGCUCAGUUACCCUGUGAGGACAGUGUUUCUGCAGAGCUAAAGCCUUUCUGGAGGGACAUCCAGCGUCACCUCAAGUACCAGUCUCAGCUGAUUGGCUGGUUACUGGUUGCUCUGAUGUCAGUGACCGUCUUCCUGCUGCAGUGUAUGAGGCGAUGCUGCUCGCCCCUAGGCCACCAGCAGGAGGAGUAUUGGUCACAGUACCGUGCCGCUGAGCAAACUCUCUUCCAGAAUACAGCAGCAGCCCAUGCCCAGUUGGUUGCCAUGCAGAAUGUCAAGAACUUCUUUGGGUUUGUGUCCCUGGAGCCUCAACAGAAGGAGUUGUUAGGGGAGCAGCCAAACGGCCGUCCUGUCUGCAGCACAGACUGGAACAGGGUCACGGGGGUAUGCUUGUAUCGCGAGAAGAAUGGACUGCCACUCUACAGUCGCAUCCACAAAUCAAAGAUAAGAGGACCAGAAAACUGUGAGUGCACCAGAGAAGAGGCCCGGGUCCACAUUGACGCUGAACGCACAGAUCAAGAUCUUUCCGUCCAGAAGAGAGACCAAGAUCCAAACCAUUGGAGCCAACAGCGCCCUCUGCAGCAUGGAUGAGAACAGGAACCUGUACAAAGACACUUCGACUCACUUGACGACUGCAGGGUUCUUGGAUCGGUUUCCUUCAGGCCUCAGCCACUCGUCCAUCAUGACCCCGGUGUGGCGGUUCACUAACAACCCCAAAAAGAAGAGGAUGAUGGGGGGCACCACCAUGACGCCCAGAGAGUAGAGCCUGUUGUACUGCGGCAGACAGGGGCAGUUGAAAUCAAAGCUGGUAUAGAGCCUGACACUGACCAAAGCCAAGAUAAUGCAGAUUCCAUUUGAGAUGGACUCCGAGUUUGAUUGGAAGUACUGCAGCACCAACUUCAGACGCUCCAUCAGGAACAGUCAGUUGGCUGAGGAGGCAUAAAUACAGAAACCUUUAUCGCGCGGACUAUAAUUAAACAAUCAGGAUAUUAUGGGAAAACAUAGGCUAAUGUAAAUAAAGAAGCAAUUUAAAGGUACAGUAUGUAACAUUCUGGAGGUGGCAUGUUAAAAAAAAAUUAAAACUUUCAAAUGGACAUUCUCCACACAUCUAUCACAGAUGUGUUUUCUGCCCAAACAAACAAUCCCUCCUUACUCCAAGUCACAGUAAGUUACUAAAAAGGAGCAUACAAUAGCUUUAAAAUAUAUCUGUGGACACUUAUGUUCACACUUUAAUAGACAAACCAGUGAGUUGCUCAUUGACCAAAAACUGUCCACGUUUUAAUGAACCUGCAGCUGCUAGAACAUAUAGGCAAAAGGACAACAGAGAGCUUUUUUCUAUCAGAGUAAUGCUGAAUUGUUAAAAUGUGAUCUUUUAUAUCAAUCUAUCAAGUCAAUAAAACAAACAAACAAACAAAUAAAAGUUUCAUGAAGGUGAUAUUUCCAUGCUAUAAAUAAAAUUAACACACUGUGAUAAGUCUGGGCUACUGGUCAGGACAUGAGAAGACAUCAUUUUGGGCAGACUGAACUGUAUUGUAUUAUCUGACAAUAAAGAUUAGCUUUAGCUAAAAUACAUAAUUUGGUUUGGUACACUAUGUACUGCUGCUGAUUUGCUGUUUUUACAUCUCAGCAGACUUAGUCCAGGCAUUCAACUGCUUUUGUGGUCUUUGGUUAGCAGCACUAGCCACAACAAAAGGCAGUAUUUAAAAGACUAAAACGUUUCAUGUUUAGGUGGGACACUGCCCUCAGCUCCACUGCUGUUAGACAACCAGGAGAGACAAUAAACAGAGCAGAUACAGAUUUAUAGGUUUCAAGGGGAAAAAUCUGAAAUAGAAGUAUUAUUUAAAUCAAAGAUAUUGUGUUUUACUUGAAUGCAUCCAACAAAGAUGAGUCUUUAAUGUUUUAAUGUUAAGUGCCUGAUGGAGCCUAGUGAAUUUGUGCCUAUUAUUAAGUUGUAUGCAAACAUUCAGCUCAAGUAAGUGAAAAAGCAAUAUGCCCUUAUAGCACUGGGUUAAUAUGAUCUAUUUAUAUGACAUUUCAUCCCUGCAACUGAAUAAGGCAUGGCUUGUUUAUCACAUGCUUAUAUGCAUAUAAAGUUGAGGUAUGUUCCCAAUGAGAUAGUUCCUCCCAAGUCUAAAACAGAGCAUCACUGUGCUCCUCCUGGGUAGCUUGAGGUCCACUAGUCAUCAUUAAUCUCAGCAGUAAAAAGUGCAAUUUACUUCCAUUUAAGGCAGGGCUUUCAGAUGCUUCAGAAGGAUGAAUUUUGUAGCAAAUAUUACAAGACUAA